AUGGCUGCCGCCAAUAUCAAGUACAAGCCUGUAUCCGAUAUCCCCAGUCUAUCUGGCCGAGUGUUCCUGAUUACUGGUGGCACCAACGGUCUUGGUGCAUCAUCAAUCUCUUUUAUAGCAUCUCACAACCCAGCACAUAUCCUCUUCAGCGGUCGCAACAAAGCUCGUGCGGAUGACCUCAUCUCUAAGAUUGCGCAAGCCUCGCCUUCUACCAAAGUCACUUUCGUUGAGUGCGACCUGGCCAGCCUCACCUCCGUUCAAUCUGCCGCCAAGCAGAUCCUGUCGUCCACAGAUCGUCUCAAUGUUCUGAUGUGCAACGCAGGUAUCAUGGCCGUGCCAAAUAGCGUGAGCAAGGACGGGUAUGAAAUCCAAUUUGCGACAAACCACCUUGGCCAUGCGCUGCUCAUGAAGCUACUCUUACCCCGCAUGCUCGAGACCGCAGCGCAGACCGACGCCGAUGUCCGCAUCGUCAACCUCUCAUCGGUUGCUUAUAAAAACAACAUUCCUUCCACCGGCAUUGAGUUCCAGAAACUGAAGACCAAGGGUGCAAACUACGGGUCGUUCUUCGCACUGAACAAGUGGGUCUGCUAUUCGCAGUCCAAGCUAGCGAACCUGCUAUACGUCACGGAGCUAGCUGCUCAUCAUCCUAGCAUUACAUCCGUCGCGGUUCAUCCAGGCUUUAUCAAGACGGACAUCUUUGCGAGCACAAAUUUCAUAGAUCGUCAGAUCGUGAAUCUCGUUUCGGGCGGGAAUUGGCUGGAUACGGAGCAAGGCGUAUAUAACCAGACAUGGGCGGCCACCACCAAGAAGGAGAACUUGGUAAAUGGCGCUUAUUACGAGCCUGUGGGUGUGAAGACGACGCCGAGUACGAAGCGAGGGAGGGAUCAAGCGCUUGCGAAGGAGCUAUGGGAGUGGACCGAAAAGGAGUUGAAGGCGUGGGUUUGA